GGUUCAGGACUGCAGCCUUAACUCGUCCUGAGGCCAAGCCUGGGUAGAGAGAGAGGGGAGAGCCGCACCGGUUGGGCUUCUGCCUCUAGCUGCAGGCGAGAAGCCCUGGGGAAGGUGGCUGCGAGCACCGGCAGAGAGUCUGCUUGGAGAGGGGGUGGAAGAAGGAGAGUGCCCGCGUUGGCAGAGCCCCCCCCAGGAGAUCUGCCCCCUUCUUUGCAAGCCCCACCCCCUUGCUUGGAGCAUCCUCCUUGAGCCCCGUCUGGGCGUGGCCGGGCAGCGGGGGGGCAGCCGGGCAGCCGCUCCUCUGUGCUCCCUCCCCCGCUGGCGCUCCUCGGGCCGUGUCGCAGCGGCGCCGAGCAGGAAAGGCCCCGCCGGGAGGGAGCCUGGGCCAGCCUGGCAGAAGCCAGAGGCUGUGCUGCCUUCCCACUGAACCUGCUGGAGGAAAAGGCCCUCACCCUUCGUCGCAAGAUGGCGAGCCGCCUGCCUAGCUCGGCAGACCUGACCCGCUUCUGCCAGAAGCUCAACCGGGUCAAGACCCUGGAGGACGACAUGAUGGAGACCUCCUUCAACCGAUGCCUGACCACCGUGGACUUGGCCCUUCUCGGCAUUGGGGCCAUGGUGGGCUCUGGCCUCUACGUCCUCACGGGCACUGUGGCUAAGGAGACAGCGGGCCCUGCCAUCGUCGUUUCCUUCAUCGUUGCUGGCAUCGCCUCACUGCUGGCGGCCCUCUGCUACGCCGAGUUUGGCGCCCACGUGCCCAAGACAGGCUCAGCCUACAUGUUCACCUACGUCUCUGUGGGUGAGAUUUGGGCCUUCCUGAUUGGGUGGAAUGUCAUCCUGGAGUACAUGAUAGGCGGGGCGGCCGUGGCCAGAGCGUGGAGCGGCUACCUGGACUCCAUAUUUGACCACCGGAUCAAGAACUUCACAGAGACCCACGUGGGCACCUGGCACAUCCCUUUCCUGGCCCAUUACCCAGACUUCCUGGCUUCUGGCAUCCUGCUCAUUGCCACAGCCUUCAUUUCCUUCGGCGCCCGGGUCUCCUCCUGGCUCAACCAUUUCUUCUCUGCAGUUAGCAUUGGAGUUAUCCUCUUCAUCCUCGUGAUGGGAUUCAUUCUCGCCAGGCCCCAAAACUGGGGGGCCGCCGAAGGGGGGUUUGCCCCAUUUGGCCUCUCAGGGAUCAUGGCCGGCUCGGCCACCUGCUUUUAUGCCUUUGUGGGCUUUGACGUGAUAGCCACAUGCAGCGAGGAGGCCAGGAACCCACAGAGGGCCAUCCCGAGGGCGAUUGCCAUCUCUCUGAGCCUUGCCACCGGGGCCUAUAUCCUGGUCUCCAUGGUGCUGACGCUGAUGGUGCCCUGGCAUUCCUUGGACCCUGACUCUGCCCUGGCCGACGCCUUUUACAAGAGGGGCUAUUCCUGGGCUGGCUUCAUCGUGGCGGCCGGUUCCAUCUGUGCAAUGAACACUGUCCUCCUCAGCAACCUCUUUUCCCUGCCCCGAAUUGUCUACGCCAUGGCUGAGGACGGGCUCUUCUUCCAGGUCUUCUCGCACGUCCACCCCCGGACGCAGGUCCCCGUCGUGGCCAUUGUGGUGUUCGGCAUCCUCAUGUCCCUCCUGGCCCUCACUUUGGACCUGGAAGCCCUGGUCCAGUUCUUAUCCAUUGGCACCCUCUUGGCCUACACCUUUGUGGCCGCCAGUGUGAUCAUCCUGCGCUUCCAGCGUCCAAAGGCGGAGGCUCCCAAUCCCCCUGUGGGGAGCGAGGCCACUGCCCCGACGUCCGCCGAGAGCAUCCAUGCCGCGGAACCAAAGGAAUACGAAUCUUUCUCUGACAAGCUACACCUGGUGGGCAAGGAGGAAGCAAACAGCAAGAGGGAGGGAGGACAGCUGAAGGCUGCUUUUGAACCCUACCUGGGCUUCCUGGCUGACUUCUACCCUGGCGAAGUGGUCACGGUGGCCGUGGUCAUUCUCAUGGUGUCUGCUCUCUGCUUGUCCUUGAUCCUGGUCUUCGGGCAGAGCCAGCUUCACCUGCCCACCUGGAGCUACACCUUGCUGAUCCUCCUCUUCAGCCUGGCCCUUGUGUUCAGCUUGCUCCUCAUCAGUGUUCAUGAGCAACAGCAGAGCACCCAGACAUUCCAGCUGCCUCUGGUGCCACUGACUCCAGCAUUGAGCAUUUUGAUCAACAUCUACCUCAUGCUGAAACUCAACUACAUGACUUGGGUGCGGUUUUCUGUGUGGCUGAUUGCAGGCUUGCUGGUCUACUUUGGCUACGGCAUCUGGCACAGCAAAGAGAACCUGCGGGACUCCCAGACGCACACCGUCAGUGCCCGCUACGUCAUUUUCCCAAGCGGCAGCCUCGAAGAGACGGUCCAGACUGUGCAGCCCAGCACUCAGCCAUCUCAGGGGUUGGAGCAAACGGCCGGAGAGGAGGAAGCAAGGAGGUGAUGGGGAGAGGCCUAACUGGAGAGGAGACCCUUCCCUGUGUCCCCCACCCCACUCAGCCUACCCCAUUGCUCUCCAGUGUUUGGGCAGACAGAAGAGCCCUUGCCCGAUCCAGACUUUGGGGGUGGCAGGUUCCCGCUGGUGAGAAGAGAUCCGCUGCUUCUACUUGCCUGAUUGGCCCCCAUUCCUGUGCAGGAAAGCUGGACCCAUCUAACUGCUGGAUGCCCUUGAAAACGGCCCCAUCUGUCCUACCCUCUGGCUUGGAACUGGGUUUUGAGCAGCAGCAAGUCUCUCCCAUUCUGUCAUCAACCCGCUGCGGGUGAUGGUGGGGGACCAUUGUCAUACUUUGCUGUUUAUCUUCAUGUUCCUCUGCGCCCCUGCCCUAGCAUGGCCGCAGUCCUUUCUAGGCAGCCUGUUUAGUUUAUUUUGGGGUGGCUCAGCCUAUAAAAUCCCAGGAAGACUCCUGUUUGAUGGGCUCAUGUGAAGGGGGGGCAAGGGAUACGCAGCUCCAACUCCCAUCACCCUUAGCCAGCACAGCCGUAUGAUGCUUGGUCUGGGAGUUGUAGUCCAGAAGGUGUGGAGCGCGCCAGGUUGCCAGAAGCCUGCGAUAGAUUUCAUCACCCUGUAGCAGGUGACAGCAUAAAAAGGGCUCUACAGCUCAGGUGUACUCUGCUUGGUGGGACUGUUUUGUGCUGCAGGGAGGCUCUCAGAGGCACAGAGAGGAUCUGUGGAGAUGUACAAUGCAGCUGUACUGAGCAGAGGCAGCCUUGUUCUCAGUGAAAGAUGACGAUACCCCUUCGGGUGGCAAAAAUCUGAGGGGUAAGGGGGACAGAGGGAAAUGGGAGGGAAAAGCCUACAGUUCUGCUGAUCAGGCCCAUUGAAAUGAAGGGGUUUGCACAGUUCCCCUUCAGUGCAUGGGGCCUUGCACAGCAUGACUGUGUUGUGCUCCUUGUUAGCUAGGGGGAGAAGGGUGCCAUUUGGGUAUUCCACCCAGGCAACAGAAUGUCCUGGCCCCAUGGCUCAGAAGGCCUGGCAGUAAAGGAGCAGCCAGCCAGCCAUGUCUUGGGCCAGCCCCAGAGAUCAUCCUCACUGCCCAGCAUGUGGCUGCAACUUCACCCUUGCUCCCUUGAGGCAAGGCGCCACCACCCCGCAGCCCUUGAGGCUUUGCCUGCAUUAGACUUUGCCAGCCUGGACCACUCCAGGUGUUCUGGACCGCAGCUGCCAUCAGCGGUUGAAAGCCAAAACAUCUGGAAGGCACCCGGUUGGGAAACGUUGGUCAGCAUGGAUUCUGCCACGUCACAGCAGCCAGCCAUUUCUCAUAGCCCCUUGCGGUUUUCAGCAGUUGAUAACUGACUCUUCCCUCGCAGGAGGCCAGAGGCAGCGUGGACUUAACAGGCCCCGGGCAGAUGACACUGCUGGUGAUAGCGCAAGUAUUCCCCACACUUCCAAUAGCUGAGACGCAUUUUCCCUGAAUUAAAUUUGGAAACACCCUUUGCUUUUUUUUACACUAGGAAAGUUUGCUUUUAAGUGUGUGUAAGAAUGAGGAAUGGCCAGUCUGGAAAUAUUCCUAUGGAAAGGGACUGUUGAAACAAGCUUUUGAAAUAAAUGCCUGUCUGCAGAGACCCCCUCGCUUUCUGCAUCAGGCAUUCUUCUGGGCUGGCCUCUGCAAUUUAACUGUGGCAAUGGGGACUAACGAGGUGUGGGGAACCUCUGGCCCUCCAGAUGUUGCAGGAUGACUAUUCCCAUCAUCCCUCGCUGUUGACCACGCUUGCUUGCUGGGGUGGAUGGGAGCUGUCGUUCAACAUCUGGAGGGCCAAAGUUCCCCACACCUGGACUAAGCAAUCUAAUCACAUCUGAUGCAGAGAGACUCAGCAGGAGUCUGUGAGGCUCACAGGAAGAAGGCAAGGCCAGAGCAGGGACUCGUAAAGAAAUCCAGCGGGGCACCUCCUCUGUGGGUAGAAAUAGCACAUCGGCCUCAUUGGCCACUUGUUUUCUGUUAAUUUACUCCAUAGUGCAGAGCUUGGGAAUUGCUGCAGUUAACUCGCUUAGGCUGCUAUCCAAAGCCCACUGACUUGGCAGUAAGUUCCAUUGAACUCAGUGGGGCUUACUUCUGAGUAGACAUGGCUAGGACUGCACUCUUCAGUCCUUCUGAAGAAUCUAAUUAUGUUUUAUUCUGUUCUCUCCAAGUGAGGAAAACAUUAGCUCAGCCUUCCCAACCUGGUGCUCUGCAGCUUGUUAUGGACCGCAACUCCCAUCAGCCGGCUGGUUGUACUGGCUGUAGCUGAUGGGAACUGUAGUCCAAAACAGCCGUGGUGGCAGGGGCUGAUGGGAGUUGUAGUCCAAAACAGCUGGAGGGCACCAGGCAGGCAAAGGCUGCAUGACCUUUUUUAAAUGUAUUUUUACACUGCCACCCACUGGGCCAUACGCCAACUCAGGGCUGAAAUCUCCUGCCAAAGCACAGGCCGCGGGGCCCAGGACUUGAGUCACCUUUCUGCUCGAGUGGGCCUGUAUCUGUAUUCUUUCUUCUCAGAGGAAUCUCACUUCCGUGGCCGAGUAAUCACUCAACUAGCUCAACAUAAAUCCAAGCACAACUGCCCCUCCUGACCCACUUUGUCAGGCUAUGUUCACAGGGGAUGUUGCUCCAGUUAAUUCAGGAGGUUUGCACACUGCACAUUUGCAUCCGGCUGCCGCAGAAGUCGAUUCCAAAAGCCAGUCUUGUCCAUUCCAAAUAGCGGUAACAGGGCCCUCCUCUGCAACCACCUGAUGUUGCCGUCAGGGGGUGUCAGUCGCCCUGCUCCGGCCGCUCACUGCUGGAACUUCUGCUGUCUCAGGAGUCGGGGCAGGUGAAGGCAGGAAGAAACAGCUAAGGGCCAAGAGAACUCCUGAGAAGCAAGGAAGGAGCUAACACUCCGGUAGGGUUUUCCUCUUGCAGAUUGCUGGUGAUGAGAUCCCGGUCCCCAGCAAGGAAAGGCCUCUCGUCACUCUCUGCCAUCAACAGAGGAAGGUCGUGUGGCUGCUUAUGGGAGGUUUUAUCAUAUGUACCUCCACCACCGGCUGCCAGUGAAUCUCUGAUAUGCAGCGUGUCAUUUCGCUCUGUGUCCUGAGCUCACUUGCUCCCAUCGCUAGGCUUGUUGCAGCAGCUGGGGAAUUGCCCUCAUUGCUACCUCGUCUCCCCGUCAGGCUGCAACUCUGCUCCGCGCACAACAGCUUGUGGCAAAUAAGCCCAUGCACUAUAAAGAUGUGUUGUCUCUUG